AUGAAUCAAAUUUACUUUACUUUUUUAAAGCCAAUAUUACAUGAAGUAACUCAAGUGAACGUUAUUUUCCAAGGUACAAAUGUCAAUGUAUUUAAAGCUCACUGUGACUUAAAAAAUUUACUGAUUUCAUUGAUUCGCCAUGUAUUGAAACCAAACAACAUAAGUCAAAUUAUUAAAGAAAGUACUCAAAAAAAAAUUAUCAGACUAACAGAUAUUGAAGCGGUGCGUAAUGCAUUAAGAUUUCCAGGUGCUCAUCUUUCAAAUAAUUGUGUUGAUUACUGUUGGCAAUUUGAAACUCAGUCCGCAUUAAGUAUUGAAAGCAAAAAUAUUAAACAACUACAGUUAAAUACUGUAAAGCAAAGAUGUACCAACUUUCUACUAAAAUUAUGUCAUGAACUUUGCAACAGAUUACCAGAUAAUAUGUCUACCAUUGAAAAAAUCGAAUAUUUCUGCCCUGAUCAAUGUUUUAAUUCAAAUGAAAGAUCAUCAUUUGGCGAACUUCCCCUGAAUUUAACAGACAGCAGUGUUGAUAAAGAUGUUUUAAAAAUGCAAUGGCGACAACUAGGAGCAUUUAAUGAAAUAUUCCCAGGCAUGUCAAUUAGUCAAAUUAGUGAAACAUCUUCAAUUCGAAUGUGGAGUACAUUAAAAGGAUUAUCAACUGCCACGGGAGAACUGAAGUUCAAAGAGUUGAGUGAAUUUGCAAUUAGAACAUUAACAUUGCCAAUUUCUAAUGCAACUGUUUAA